AUGUCUUUGACUAAUGGCCACAGUGUGAGCAAAGAAACAUGGGAUUCACACAACCAGAUGAUGCUGGAUCCUCUGUCCGUCAGCGACUCUGAGGUGUUCUCCAUCAUAAAAAAAGAGAAGCACAGGCAGACGUACGGGCUGGAGCUCAUAGCGUCCGAAAACUUCACCAGCAGAGCCGUUUUAGAGGCUCUGGGUUCCUGCAUGAACAACAAAUACUCUGAGGGAUAUCCCGGUCAGAGGUACUACGGUGGUACGGAGCAUGUUGAUGAGCUGGAGAGACUCUGUCAGAAGAGAUCGCUGGAGACGUAUGGUCUGGACUCAGAGAAAUGGGGCGUCAACGUGCAGCCUUACUCGGGUUCACCCGCUAACUUUGCCGUCUACACGGCCGUUGUGGAGCCUCACGGCAGGAUCAAUCACACGGCUUCAUGGACUGAGAAAAGAAAAUAUCUGCAACGUCCAUCUUCUUUGAGUCCAUGCCGUAACAAGGUGAAUCCAGAUACCGGCUACAUUGACUACGACAGACUGCAAGAAAACGCCCGGCUCUUCCACCCCAGACUCAUCAUCGCCGGAACCAGCUGCUAUUCCCGCAACCUGGACUACCAACGCCUCAGGCUGAUCGCUAAUGAGAACGGAGCGUACCUGAUGGGAGACAUGGCUCACAUCAGUGGACUGGUGGCUGCAGGAGUGGUGCCCUCCCCCUUCGAGUACUGUGACAUUAUCACCACCACGACACACAAGACGCUGCGAGGCUGCCGCGCCGGACUAAUCUUCUUCAGGAAAGGAGUUCGCAGUGUGGAUGCCAAGGGGAAGGAGACUGUGUACAACUUGGAGUCUUUGAUCAAUCAGGCUGUGUUUCCUGGGCUGCAGGGAGGACCGCACAACCACGCUAUCGCAGGUGUUGCGGUGGCUCUCAAACAAGCCAUGACCCCAGAGUUCAAGGCCUACCAGACGCAGGUUCUUGUUAACUGCAAAUCUCUAUCCAGCGGCCUCAUUAAACACGGCUACAAGAUCGUCACAGGUGAGUGCCGCCUCCGUCUUCACCAUUGGGAUAUAUAG